AUGACAGAUCCAAUUGAUGAGUAUGCUAUGCAACAACUUAAAGAAUUUGAUGGAAAGAAACUUGUUUGUAUUACUAAGGAUGGAAUUAAAGUAGAAGAAACUGAAGAAGAAAAGAAAGAACAAGAAGCUAAAGAAAAAGAUAAUGAAGAAUUAAGUAAAGUAGUUAAAGAAAUCCUUGGAGAUAAGAUCGAAAAAGUAGUAAUUUCUAAUAGAUUAGUUAACUCACCAUGUGCUCUUGUUACUGGAGAAUAUGGAUGGAGUGCUAAUAUGGAAAGAAUUAUGAAAGCACAAGCAUUAAGAGAUAAUUCUAUGAGUACUUAUAUGGUUUCUAAGAAAACACUUGAAAUUAAUCCAGAUCAUCCAAUCGUUCAAGAAUUAAGAAAGAGAGUUCACACUGAUAACAGUGAUAAAACUGUUAAGGACCUUGUUGUAUUAUUAUUUGAAACAGCAUUAUUAUCAUCAGGAUUUUCAUUAGAUGAACCAGCUGCAUUUGCUGGUAGAAUUUAUAGAAUGGUUAAACUUGGAUUGUCCCUUGAUGAUAAAGAAGAAGAACCAGCAACCGAACCAGUUCCAGCUGUUGAAGAAACACCAAUUGAAGAUUCAAAGAUGGAGGAAGUUGAUUAA